AUGACAGAGGUUACAGCUGAGGAGGAUGUGCAGUGGAAAUCUAAUGGUGUCAAAGUCUACUACAUCUGUCAUUUCGCACACUUUAAUGAGCAUAGUUCCUCAACCCCACUCAGAAUUAUAUUUGAUGCAAGUGUUCCAUUUAAAGGCAAGGCUAUAAACUCCUUGUGGGAACCACCACCAAAUUUGAUUCCACCAAUUCCAACCCUGCUGUUAAGGUUCCAGGAAAGAAAAAUACCGGUUGCAAUGGACAUAAGUAAAGCAUACUUCACUGUUCGCCUUGAGACAGAAGAAUCUCAUCUGCACCGCCUUUUGUGGAAUCAACUGGACAAGGAUAAAGAAGUCAAGACGCUGCGAUUACUACAAAACUCCUGGGGAACUACUCCGGCAGGUGGUAUAUGCAGUGUAGCAAUGCUCAUCAUAGCUGAGAAAUUCAAGGACAAGUACCCACAGGUAUACGAAUUCGUAAAAUCGAACUUGUAUGUUGAUGAUUGUACUACCAGUGUUGAUGAUGUUUCCACGGAAUUACAACUUGCUAAGGAACUCAACAUUUUCCUCAGUGAGGCAUCCUUCAUCAUAAAGUAUUUCAUGAUCGGUGGAAGUGAAAGUGAUAUUGAUGCCCACAUAAAGAAGUGCCCGGAUGUAGGAUUAACUUCUCAAAGAAAAGGAGAGGCAUUAGAUCAGAGGAGGAUAUGUUUAGAAAACUUUGAUGAUGCCUUCCCUGACACUUUCAGUCGAAGAAAUUAUCUACAGAUCAUAGCAACCAUCUAUGAUCCGACGGGACUUGCAACUCCGGUUACCAUCUGCCUGAAGCACGAACUAGGUCAAAUAUUCCGCCUCAAACAGGAAUGGGACGAUCCGAUCCUAGAUGGUAAUGAUGACCUACCUACAACCCGCAGUCUGUGUAAAGAAGUGAUUCGUUCGAUCUACGGUCUAAAAGAAGUCAGGUUUGUUCGCUGUCCUACACCGGAAACUUCAGUUGGCAAGCCCACUCUAGUAAUUUUUUGUGAUAGUUCUCAGACUGCCUAUGGAUGUGUCGCGUACUACAACUGGAAGUUGGAAAAUGGUGAGCGAGCAUCUGUUCUUGCCAUGUCAAAGGCAAAACCUUGGCCACAAAUUCCGACAUUAACGAUCCCCCGUGGUGAGUUACUUGGAUGUCUGCUGGGUGCCAGAAUGCAACAGACUAUCGUAAAAAAAUCGAGCUUCAUUUUUGAAAGGGUAAUGCUGCUAACUGACAGCAUAGUUCUGGAACAACUGCGUCAUGAGCCCUACAAGUACAACAUGUGGACAGCCAGCCGUAUCAGUGAAAUACAAACUCUGACUGAUAUUCGCAAUUGGUACCAUGUGGACUCUGGAAACAACGUUGCCGAUAAUGCGUCACGCGGUCUUAACCCAUCUAAAAUGGGAAAGGAUUACAGAUGGCAAAAAGGUCCAGACUUCAUGAAGAAGGACAUCAACGAAUGGCCAAUCAAACAUGCAAAUGAAGUUCAUGCGAAGAAAGAAGAUCUGGACAUAAGAAUAAAAGAUCCACGGAUGACCAUUGGAAGAUGCAAGUCACUAUGUGUCCAGAUUGAUGGUGGAACAAAUGAAGAUUAUUCAGUUAUUCUUGAUAUCCUAAAAAAAUUUAACAUAACGGUCGACAAAAAUGACAGCCUGAUGAAGAUUAAAUGUCGCAUCUCUAGAAUCAUAAGAUUUAUGGAAAAUGCUUCACAACUUUUCAGAGAUCGACUGAAGAGAACAGGAAGACUCUCCAAGUUUGCCAUCAGUAGUAUGACGAAAGCAGAACGUUCGAGAUGGUUUGCUGAAAAUGAUACAUUUGUGCCUACCAAGCGUGAGUUAUUAAUAUCAAAAUUGUUUCUUAUUCAACAGGCUCAGCAGUCGCUACCGUCAGAUGUGGAACAUAAGCUAAAGUCACUGAACCCAAUACUGGACGCCGACGGUGUGUGGAGAGCACUAGGUCGUACUGUUGCUGCUCUAUCAAACCCGCCUGCGAUUAUACCAUACUCUGAACCCUUUGCAGAGAUCUUGAUCGCCCAAGUAGAGAUCGCUCCUCGUAAGGUGGAACAACUCGUGCGUUCACCAGUAUUCGAGCAUGUGGUCAUUGACAUAGCUGGUCCGUUCAAUACCAUCGCUGAUCGCCGCAAGACGAGAAAUUACCGGGUAAAUUCUGGUAAAGCCUGGAUUCUGGUCAUCGUGUGUCGUGCAUCUGGUGCAGCCCACAUAGAGGUCCUUGAAGGUUACGAUACCACUGCUUCCUUGCAGGUUUUCGAUGCUUUCACUAGAAUCCGCGGAAAACGUCUGUGA